AUGGCCAAAGUAAAAGGCCGCGCCGAGCAGUUCCAGGAUCCAGACGAGGCCAUCAUCAAAGACCACGACCCGGAAGCCAAUGGCAGCAGUAGCGAGGACAGCGAAGACGAGAAUCUGGGCACGGAGCACUAUGUUCGCGUGGGAAAGAGCAAAUUGAGACAGAAAGAAAGCGUUUCACUCGGCCCUGAAUACAGGGGCUCUCGGGUUAGCCGAUCUGCAUUGGAUAACGAGACCGAGGAUGACGAAGACGCAGAGGAGAGUGAGGACAAUGAUGAUGAUGAAGACGACUACGACGAUCCUGAUGUCGCCGACCUGGAAGCCGACGAGGCCGAGUCCAACGACUCGGAGAUUGACAGCGACAACGCUCUAGGCGAGUCGGAUGCCGAACGGUUCAAAGACUACUCUUUUCGUGGGAGUGCCAAGCCUGCGAAACCCAAGGGAAGGGGCAAGAGGGCUACUGCAGCAGAUUUCAUGUCUGUUGAUGACGAGAACCGUGAAUCUGACAGAGAUGAAGAUAUGGAUGAUGGACUUGAUGCGCUGGUGAAUGGUGGAGACGACUCUGAAGAAGUGGACGAUGAGGACGAAGAGGACAGUGAGGAGGAUGAUGGUGAUGAUGAUGAUGAUGAAGAGGACGAGGAGGAUGACGAGGACGGCGAUGAUGACGAAACUGAAGAAGAGGAAACGUCCGGGAAGAAAAUUGCGGCCAGACCCCACCUAUCUGCUCUGUCCAACCGAGCUGAUAUCGACAAAGGUGUUGCUAUCCAGAAGCAGCGCAAGAUUUACGAUGGUUUACUCAAUCUACGCAUUCGGUUACAGAAAGCACUCGUUGCCGCCAAUUCAUUCCCCACGGUGGAGGCGGGCACUGAUGCCGAGUCUGAGCCAUACGAAGCUGCUGAAGAGGCUGCCAUCAAGCUGCUGAACACCAUUAGCAGCUUGCGUGAAAGCAUCAAAGCGCCAACUAAAACCGGCGAGAAGCGGAAGCGCGAUUUUGUUGCAUCAAUGUCAAACGACGACAUUUGGGAACAGCUACAAGACGAAGACAAGGACGCGACUGGCUUUCGUCAAGAACGAUUGGAGAAGUGGUCCAAAAAAGUCCAAAGUGUCAACAUGGCAAGACCGAGUGGAAUUAGCGAAAAGAACAAGACCCUCAUUAGUGCCCUCCAGGAGCAGUUAAUAGUCCCCAACAACAGGCUGGUCAAACGGACACGAGUCCCUCGAUCAUGUGCCCCUGCGCAGCUCGCCAAGAAAGUCGCCACUGACGAGUAUGUCUACGAUGACGCUGACUUCUACCAGCUUCUCCUGAAGGAACUGGUUGACCAGCGAACUGUAGAAGGAGUCGCAGACUACGCUACUGCUGUGCCGACGGUAAUGGUGACAGCGACAAAGGAAGCCAAGGUGCGCAAGCAAGUAGAUCGCAAGGCUAGCAAGGGACGGAAGAUGAGAUUCACGGUGCAUGAGAAAUUGCAAAACUUUAUGGCGCCAGAGGACAGGAGAGGCUGGGAACAGGAGGCGAUUGACCGUUUCUUUGGAACACUGUUUGGGCGCAAGUUGGAGCUGAACGAGGAUGAGAGCGACCAUGAAGAGAUGGAGGGUGUGGAUAUUGAAGAGGAAGGACUGAAGUUGUUUAGAAAUUGA